CAGACAACCGGCUGGCCCCCUUCAGACAUCCCGAGAUCCUGAUUCGACUAACCACAAUCUCAAACCACCGCUAGUAUCAGCCACCUACCAGCUGUUUCCAGAGGCGAAAAAAUGCCAUCGGGAGGCGAAAAUCAAUCACAUGCCAUGUGUGAGUGUUUGGCGCUAACCACGUUUACGGUCGCAAGGCAACCGUUGAUGCCGAUUUUGGUGUGGUGCGCCUUCGAGAAGUCUUCUAGAAGAGGUUUGGGGUUUGGGGAUCGCAGUACGCAUUUGGCUUAGAGCGGUAUUAUACUUUCGAUUUGUGUGGAUGGAUUUGUCGGUGUACUUGCCCGAUGGGCUGGUAUUGGUAAUUUUCGGUAAUUGGCGGGGGUGGGCUGUAUGUAAUCCGCUUGUACGGAAUAUCUUAGUCUGUUUUAGCGUAUACACACAGGCGACGAUGGGUUCAGGUUGCGGCUAGCAGACUUUUCCAUCUUGUAUAGGCCAAUGACGGUGGAGAUAAUUGGGCUGUGAGGAAGAAGAUUUUGAUCUCCAGAUCGGUGCCCGAUGGUG